AUGCGAGCAACGUGCACUUUGCUGCUGCGCCAACUUAGCCUCCUCCUGCUGCUGCUGCAGCCCUCUGCGGGAUCGGGCCCCUUCGCCGCCUCCAGCGACCCCCCUGCUCGGACCCCGCUCAGCGGAGCCACCGCGGGGCCGCAGGGUUCUUCCAGCCGGGGCGUCUCUGCUGCAGCUGCUGCUGCCGCGGCGGCGGCUGCUUCCCGGCUGCCUCCCUGGGAGAGGGAGAGCUCCGUGCCCUGGGCGCCGCCAGUGUCCGGCAGCACCUCGGAGCCGGCCGCGGGAGGACACACCAGCAGCCCGGUCAUUGGAAGCGGCUAUCAGACACUUAGAAGUUCAGAUAUUGAAAUGAGGACUUCCAGGUCUCCUACGGACAAUAUGGAGACACUGACUACAUUCUCCAGAAGUGGAGAGAGGACGUUGCUGUCUAUAACAAACAGUGCCAUGUCUACAACUGCAACAGAAAGCACCACCUCUUAUACAGAAAUGAUCAGUUCUGCAGAUUUAACCCAGCACUCCUCUUCGGUAGAGCAGAACAGAAGAAAUAGCUCCUCAAGUGAUAUAUAUUUCACUGAGCCUGGAACGCAGCCUUUGAUUGUACACUCUUCUGAGAUACCCACCUAUUCAUCUUCACAAAGUGAUCCUCCAGCCAUUGGAAGCAGCCACAAGACAGCUAGCAUCUGGGAUAUGGAAAAAAAGACUCCUAGUUCUCAUACUGAUAGUAUGUACAUUUCACCUACAUUCAGCAGAGGUGGGGAGAGGACAAUACAGUUGCUAACAAACAGCGUCACUUCGACUGAUUCACUGAAAAGCACCACUUCUCAUACAGAAAUUGCCAUGUCUUCAGAUCUAUCCCACUCCUCAGCUUCUAUAUCAUGGACUGGAGGAAGAAAUAGAUCAUCAACUAUCGCUGCUCUCCCUGAGUCUUCAACAGGGCCUUUACUUACAUAUUCCCCUUUAAAGAGUGGUCUGCCAGCCAUUGGAAGUAGCCAUCAGCCAAUUAGCGGCUCAGAGAAAAAUAUUGCCAGUUCUCACAUUGCCAGUACGUACAUUUCAACUACAUCUACCAGAACAGGAGCGGGGAUGUUACAAGAUCUAGUAAACACCAGCAGAUCUUCUAAUGCAACAGGAAAUUCUACUUCUGGUACUGAAAUGUCCAGCUCUUCGUAUUUAACCCAGUCGUCAUCUAUAUCUUCUAUAGCACUGACCAGUGGAAUUCAUAUCUCAUUGGCUGCCACAGAUUUCACAGAGCCUUCAACAGACCCUUUGCUUACACAGUCUCAUUCUGCUUCAGAAACUGCUUCCAAAGGUGAGCAUUAUUAG